AGUCAAAGACGAAUUCGUUUUCUAACAAAAAAUCGUAGCUCUAGAUCAGUAGAUGAACUUCUAGAUUAGAUAUGUAGUCUAGAUCUAGAUCUACAUCUAUUAUAGAUCUAAUUUUCAUUUAUUAUCUUUAUCAAAUUUAUGUUAUCCCUACCCAGACUAGGUAGGCCCCGCGCAAUCCGUUUCGAGAUUCAUCUUCAUACUGUAGUCGUCACAUUGAAUCUAUACUAUGGAAGAACUGCCUUCCUUAUUUCAUCUGACACUAAAAUUUAUCGGAAGUCAUCUAACACUUGUUGAUUCUCUGGUUGGGUUCCCAGAGAGUAUUGGCCAACAAAUAUUUCACUGCUCUUCUAAACAAGAACAAUUUUCACAACUUGGAAAGGACUUACAAUGCAGAAGAAAGUUGAAGAUUUUCUUUGAAGCCUACAGCAGUGAAGGUAUUCUUGAUGGCCUGUCACUUCAUGGAAAUCCUUUGUUCCUAAAUGAUGUUAUAGAUGACUGCUUGUGGUUAUUUGAUGGUCUGGUUGACCUAGACCUUUCGUUUUGUAAUCUUGGAGACAAUCAUGAUGCUUUGUUACUACUCACAAGUAGAUCAAGAUUGCAGAGUUUAUCUCUGUGUAGUAACUAUCUUACAGACGAAGGCAUACGGAAACUAACAAUUCAAAAUAGGAUGUUUAAACAAAAAUCUUCACUUGUCUAUUUAGAUUUAUCAGACAAUAAGGUGUCAGACAAAUGUGUUAGCCAUUUAACAUGUUUGGAGAAUCUAAAAGUGGUCAACAUUUUCAAUACUGGUAUUUCACUAAAAACCAUUAAUACAGUUUGGUCUCUUUGGGACUCCGUGAAUCCAUGCAGCUGUAUCCAAUCUUUGAUGAAAUUCACCACAUCCGGAUGGGCUUGUGAUGUCAUCAAUAUUUGGAAAUCACAAUACGAAAUAAUCAGAGAUAAGAAUGUUGUUGAUGUGGCCAAACUUAACGUCUCUGACGCAGUCACUUGUGGCUUUUAUAAAAGAAAAAAAAUCAACAAUAGAGCGUCUACGCCCAGGUCAUCAGAUGUUGAGUUUCAUUUUAUGGUCCACAACACUUUCACUUGUCCACACAGACAGCAGAAGCCAGAGACUAGUGCUAUUUCUACAGCUUCCCUUCACUUUCUCCCCAGAAGUAAGGCCUUAAAGUCAGCAAGUGUCCAUGCAGAAAGGGUCUGCUCAGAUUUGGAUAUAGACUCUCUUCUUCUUCAAUACUCACAGUCGCCACCCAAAAAGAAAGACUCUCUUCUUCAAUACUCACAGUCGCCACCCAAAAAGAAAGACUCUCUUCUUAAAUACUCACAUUCCCCACCCAAAAAGAAAGACUCUCUCCUUUUUCAAUACUUAAAGUCGCCACCCAAAAAGAAAGACUCUCUCCUUCUUCAAUACUCAAAGUUGCCACUCAAAAAGAAAGACUCUCUCCUUCUUCAAUUCUCAAAGUUGCCACUCAAAAAGAAAGACUCUCUCCUUAAAUACUCACAUUCCCCACCCAAAAAGAAAGACUCUCUCCUUCUUCAAUACUCAAAGUCGCCACCCAAAAAGAAAGACUCUCUCCUUCUUCAAUACUCAAAGUCGCCACCCAAAAAGAAACAAAAACUAAGUUUGUCUCUGAAUAUUUUAGAUUCAUACAUUUCCUGAGAUAAUUCUAGUUUUUAUUCUGUUGUGAGAUUGACCUGGUAAUUUGGACAUGGAAGCUUUAUCCAGUACAGAGCCACUGGUCGAUAAAACCAUAGCUUGAAUUCUCUACAUUAUCUGUGAUGGGUGUAGGUCCAGUAUUGAGCUGAACAAAAGCUAUUGUCCUCCACUUUGAAGUCAUUUUUCCAUGACAGCCACUGUGCCAAGAAACAAACAUUUUGAACCUUAAUUUUGUGUUUUUAUGGGUACACAGAGCAUGACAUGACCAAUAAUAUUGUUUUGAGCUUGCUGUAAGCUCUACAAGAUACAUAUCCACUCUAGGUAUUGGUAGACUUUGCCAAAUAAAGCAGUAUUUUAAUCAAGAUAGGAAAAUUUUAAAGCUAGACAUUUCAGACCAAUAUUGACUGAGAUUUACUUCUUGUAUUUCCCUCUUAACUAACAAGCUAUUCAAGUUGUAGUCAUUUUAAAUGAUCACCAUUGGGGAAUAACCUCUACAUAUACACAUUCUUUUUUUUUGUGCCUGUAUUUGAAGUAGCUCUUCUUUAUUUUUUUUGUCUUUAUUUCCAAUAAUAAAAAAUUAAAAUGGCUUGUUUCAGCAUUUUUUUUCCAAUAUUUUGUUUCCCUUAAAAAAUUUUAUUUGUAACCUUUUAAUGUUUUUCACCAACCAGUUAUAUUUUGGAGCUGGAUAUAUCAAUUCUUGUUUGGUCUUCAUAUAUAUAUAUAUAUAUGCAUGUCAUAUUUAUGCAGGAUCUUGUGAGUGUAUAUUUGAUCAUCAUGUCUUUCUCUCUUUUAUUUUUUUCUAUACACUUACAAAUGUUUUGAAUACAGAAAGUUGGCAAUAGUUUGAAAUCUGUUUUUUUUUUUCUUUAAUUAUCCCAUAAAUGCCUGACACAUUUAAGUUUCAAAAUGUUAGCUUGUAAAGCUAUUAAAAAAGAUGUAAAAUGUCCUUUUGGUUAUAAAUAAGUUUAUUUUAUAGUUAUAACUUAACAAAGAUUGAUGAUCAAAGUUUAGAAUAAGCACUUGUAAUAUCAUGUGAAAUAUGAUUAGACUUGAAAGUUUCUCAGACAAUAAAAAAAAAUGCAUUCCAUUCAAUAUUUAUUUUAUUUAUAUUGCAUCUAUUGGGCAUUUUCAAACCAACAGUUUAUGACAGAUAAAUGCUAUUUGUUUACACUUUGAUCUCUAAGAUCUCAUUUAUGACUUUGCCUUUGGUAUGAUAAUGUCUAAUAAAUAAAUUAUUUGUAAGAGUUGAA